UCUUUAUAUGAUCCCCCCUCUCGGGACGUCCUCGGCAAUUCCCUCGAUUGGCGUGUUUGCCGACCUGCGUUCUGACAACAUUGACAUGAUCCCAACGAUGAAGAGCAACUGAGACGGCUUGAGAAUCGGCUGUUGAGACUGCCUUCAUCUCCCUCCUCGUCCUCCUCCUUUUCCUUCCUUUUCUCCAUUCGGGUGCAGCUGCUUCGAGAAAGCCGCCGUCCUCAUGUCCUUCUCUCCUCUGCCUCUUCUCGGUCCUCACAUCGCCGUGCUCCUGGGAUCGGCCGGGGCUUUCUUUGGCAUUCAACAACUCACUCAUAGAUUUGGACCUUCCUGUUCCAAAUCAUGGAAUGGCUUCGAUGAUAGGAUCAAAAAUGGCGUCGCGAGUCAUGUCGUAUCCAUGGCUCACGCCUUGAUCAUCAUCCCUCUGGCACUCCAUGCCGUCAAGAGCGAUAUCCUGGCGAGGGAUCCAGUCUUUGGAUAUGAUAGAUUUGUGGGCAAUGUCCUGGCCAUUUCGUCUGGGUAUUUCAUUUGGGACACUAUCGAUUCAUUAAGGUAUUCAACUUUGGGAUUUGUGGUCCAUGGUGCUUGUUGUCUUGCUGUCUACCUCUUCUCAUUCCGACCAUUCCUCGCGGGGUUCGGACCGCCUUUUCUGCUUUGGGAGCUCUCGACACCUCUCUUGAACAUACACUGGUUCAUGGACAAACUCGGUCUGUCCACUACCUACCCCACAUUCUUCCUCAUCAACGCCCUGGCAUUCAUGCUCGUCUUCUUCCUUGCCAGAAUCGUAUACGGAGGAUACGAAAGCAUGGUUUUCUUUCACGUGAUGUGGACUAGGCGACACGAGAUCCCACUGCAUCUACACCUGAUCUAUUGCAUCGGGAAUCUCUCUCUGAACGCUUUAAAUUGGUUAUGGUUCUCCAAGAUGGUGAAGAAAAUGUUGGCAAGAGUAUCGGGCGACGAUAAGCCUGUCUCUGAGUCCAAAAGGGCAGCUCGUACAAACAAGAUGAGCCCCUCAGAGAAGCAAUCCCUGUUGGAAGUGUCGACUCCUACAUCUGUCAGUGAGGAUAAGAUGGAGUCCACCAAUGGCAGGCAAUUCAAACAGACAUUAUCUCUACCUGCAGAUCCACCAUCUCCUAAUGUUAGUACAUCUAGAAAGACUAGUGAGGGUUGGUAGAGCGGGCUUCCUAUAAUGCAUGAGC